GAGAGCGCGAGUCAUUAAGCUGUUCCAGUCAUAGAUAAUAUAAUAAAGAUCUUUAUAAUAACUCCGACGUAUCUGGAUACUACUGUUGGUUUCUGUCCUCUGCUGACUCCAGCUCGCUGGGGAGAAACGACGGGGAGGAAGAAGGAUCGGACAAAGACUCGUUUAUCGAGGGGACCCUCGUGGGGAAGGAAGUGUUAUCUGCAGAUGCCUACAGCUGUUGGUGGUAGAAGAAGGGGUUCCCUGCAAAUGUGGUCUUGACAAGCAGGACUUGGAGCAUCUCUCCAUAAAACAGGAACCACAGGAUCUGUGGCCCAAUCAGGAUAAGUGAUGGAAGAUGGAAUGACGACAGGGCACAUAGGUCAGGUGUAAACAGUGACGUGGAGUGUAACACUGCCAGAAAAUCCCUCAUCUGCUCUGAAUGUGGCGAAGAGGUUCACCACCAACGAUCUCUCUAGAGACAUUUAACAAAGAAACCUUUAUUUAAACCAUACAAGAUGUUUUAAAGUGACACAUGUAAAAACUGUUAAAUUUAAUGUUUAUGUCAACAUCAAAAAUCUGUGGUAAAAUGACUGAAUGUGGACAAAGAUUUAGUCGCAAGACAAACUUAGACCGACACAUGAGAAACCACACAGGAGACAAACCAUUCAGCUGUGAUGAAUGUGGACAAAGAUUUAGUCAAAAGACAAGCUUAAACACACACAUGAGAAUUCACACAGGAGACAAACCAUUCAGCUGUGAUGAAUGUGGACAAAGAUUUAGUCAAAAGACAAACUUAAACACACACAUGAGAAUCCACACAGGAGACAAACCAUUCAGCUGUGAUGAAUGUGGACAAAGAUUUAGUCGCAAGACACACUUAAACCAACACAUGAGAAUCCACACAGGAGACAAACCAUUCAGCUGUGAUGAAUGUGGACAAAGAUUUAGUCAAAAGACACACUUAAACACACACAUGAGAAUCCACACAGGAGACAAACCAUUCAGCUGUGAUGAAUGUGGACAAAGAUUUAGUCACAAGACAAACUUAAACACACACAUGAGAAUCCACACAGGAGACAAACCAUUCAGCUGUGAUGAAUGUGGACAAAGAUUUAGUCAAAAGACAAGCUUAAACCAACACAUGAGAAUCCACACAGGAGACAAACCAUUCAGCUGUGAUGAAUGUGGACAAAGAUUUAGUCACAAGACAAACUUAAACACACACAUGAGAAUCCACACAGGAGACAAACCAUUCAGCUGUGAUGAAUGUGGACAAAGAUUUAGUCAAAAGACAAGCUUAAACCAACACAUGAGAAUUCACACAGGAGACAAACCAUUCAGCUGUGAUGAAUGUGGACAAAGAUUUAGUCGCAAGACACACUUAAACCAACACAUGAGAAUCCACACAGGAGACAAACCAUUCAGCUGUGAUGAAUGUGGACAAAGAUUUAGUGAGAAGUCAAACUUAAACAGACACAUGAGAAUCCACACAGGAGACAAACCAUUCAGCUGUGAUGAAUGUGGACAAAGAUUUAGUGAGAAGUCAAGCUUAAACCAACACAUGAGAAUCCACACAGGAGACAAACCAUUCAGCUGUGAUGAAUGUGGACAAAGAUUUAGUGAGAAGUCAAACUUAAACCAACACAUGAGAAUCCACACAGGAGACAAACCAUUCAGCUGUGAUGAAUGUGGACAAAGAUUUAGUGAGAAGUCAAGCUUAAACCAACACAUGAGAAUCCACACAGGACAGAGACCGUUUCCUUGUGAGGUUUGUGGUGAAUUAUUUAGAUGGCGUGUCUCUUUAAAAGGACACAUGCGUGUCCACACAAAAUAGAAACGACGAAAGUGCAAAAUUUUGCUACUAAUCUGUAAAUAUGAGCUGGUUAGAGGAACUUCAAGGGGGUAUUCUACGGUGGUGAUAGACUGUGGUGUCUCUUCAGUACCAUUGACCUUUCCUUGAACAUUACCUGGGCAUGUCUAGGGCAAAAUGUGCCUCAUCAGAUUUUGUUGUCUUUUUUUAGUAGUUGAAAUCUGUUGUUCAUUCAUUCAUUGCCCAUUGGUACCUUCACAAAUUUGUCCAUGUUUUGCUAGCAGCUAAGAUCCUAAUCUCGAUGAGCUCGCAAGACAGGUGAAGAGUUGUUAUGAUGCAAAAACACAAAUUAAUAACUUAGAUCCUUACAAGCUGAAUGAUGAAUGACGUUCAGGUUUAGGUGUUUCCACCUGUUCAGUCUCAGACAUCUGUGUUUAUCUGGUGUUUGGACGUUCUGUCAAGAAUUUAAAAACUACUGAUGAUUAAAUGCUCCUGCAGCCAUUUUACAAAGGGAAGGAAGAGGACCGAGUCUAGAAAUAUUCGGCUACAACAACAUCGCCUCUCGCCUGACUAACUUGGUUAGGCUCUAGCCCCACAAACAGGUAAAGAACAUGGAUGGCAGUAUGGGCGAUAUAAUGUGUUGUUGUUCACCUGAGGGUUGUAUUUACUUAUAAGCCUGGUACACAUAUAACACUAUUUGGGCUGUUUUUGUCCUGAUUUUGCCUCUUCCCAACCUUGGACGGCAAACGCCCGAUCAUCGUGUGAUUUCCCUGUCCAGUCAUAAUAUGGUCUGUGGUGUGUUAUGAGCCGAUUUGUCCUGAUAAUCUGCUCCGAUAUGGGUCAUAGCCACAGUUGGGAACACUGAACAUGUUUAAUAUUUCAGUGCCGAUUUCUGAAGAACACCGCCGACUCGUGCAUUGUGACUGUGUGGGGGGUGACGUGGCACGGAAUGUGGCCAAUCAGAGCGAGCUGGCUGGGGAGCAAGGAAAUAAACAAAGCCCGUGUUCACGCCGUCUCCAGUCUGAUAUUUUUUUUACUUCUGCCUUUUUCUGUUAACAAUGGUCCCAAGACCUCCAUCAUUCCCCCGUCCUAUAUAUCCCCUUCUUUCCCCCUUCUUUCCGAUUGUUACCAUGUUUCUUCUUCUUUGCUUUUUCUGUUAACAAUGGUCCCAAGACCUCCAUCAUUCCCCCGUCCUAUAUAUCCCCUUCUUUCCCCUUUCUUUCCGAUUGUUACCAUGUUUCUUCUUCUUUGCUUUGUGCCAGUUGUUGCCAUGCUUCUUUUUCUACGCUUUUUGCCGGUUGUUGCUAUGGUUCUUCUUCUACAUUUUUUGCUGGUUGUUGAUGUGGUU